CAAGAUUCCGUACUGGGUUACCAAUAUCCUGGAUCAAAUUGUGCACCAUCGCUACUGAACGGUCUAAUCAAUAUGUUCAUGUUCAAAACUAUGGGAAAAGGUUUUGUGGAAGAAGAUGGUACACAAAAAUUCCAAUGCUAUCUCAAUAACUGGUACGCCGGGCAGGGUAUCGUCGAGCGGAUACUGUUGUUGGUAGCGGUGGUGCAGGUACCUCUGAUGCUCUUCGCCAAGCCUAUGCUUCUUCGCCGCCGUAGUCGAUCUGCCGAUGAAAACUAUCAGAUUCUGCGCGAUGAGGUCCGUAAUGUGACAGUCUAA